AUGGAAAAUGGCGAAGCCAGCGGGCGCACCGAUCACGACCGGCCGAGCACCAAUGCGGUCGUGAACCAGACCGGAGCGCCGCCUGACGACAAAGCCAUGGCCAAGGCCGCCGCCGGCAGCGAUGAUUCGGAUCCGCCGCGCAUGAACGACCUGCCCAACGAAAUUGUCCACAUCACGCAGGGUUUUAUCCCGCUCUCUGCACUUCUCACGCGCCUGACGCAGGUCACGCAUAACUCGCUUCAGGACAAGGUGGCGGAGCUGGUCAAGAUACCCAUCCCGGCGUCGGCGCUUAACGGCGGCGCGACCAAUCUCACAUCGAGCGCGCCGGACGACACCUCAGCCGAGAACUUACGGAAGAAGGCGGCCCUGCUGCACUUUACACAGGACCUGCAUGCGAAAUGGGUCAAGGCGCUCGUCAUCACGGAAUGGAGUCGCCGCGCGCCCCUUGUCAGCAAGCUGAUUGACUUGAAGUUCCAUACGGACCAGCUGCGCGUCCACUACGACGUGUGCUUGGAAAGCAUGGUCAACGUCAAAAGAGACUUGUCGUAUGCGCGCAUGCCUGCCCCGGAUUUGAAGACGGCCUUGCAAGUAUUAUCCACCGGAAGUGCUCCAUGGAUAUCAGACCAUAACUAUAUAGAACCCCCCCCUCUUACAGCCGUCGAGAAGCUGCGUUGGAUGAAAGACAUCAACACGCGAUUAAGCCUACGACUCAACUUGGAAGAUUACGAUAAAAUACCACCUCAGUUCCGCAACUACGAGAUUCAAUCUGGCCGCGUCACAUUCAAGGUUCCCGACGAGUUUGAAGUGGCGCUAACCAUUGCCGACGAAGACAAUGACAAGCAAUUCUGGUUUAUCGAUUUUCAAUAUGCAUUCACACCCUCCGCACUGUCUCUUUCGGAGGGGCUACGGAACUACAUGGAGAAUUAUGUCAACGAUGCGAUAGCUAGGGGCGGUCUAACAGGCUGCUAUCAAUUCUUACACGAAAUGGUGCUCACGGCCAAAAUCACCGAGCUCAAGCGCCAGGCCCUACGGCUAAGUAAAACAUCCUGGGAUGGUACUCUUGUCGUUGAGCCGCUCCACCGUGCCCUGGCGAUUCAGUACUGGUCAUCGCGUGUAUCUAACACCAAGAGCUGGGUUCUCAUUGCUAUUAACAGUGGGAAGAAGAACGGCAAGGUGGAUACGAGAUCGUCGAGCCGCCUUGUAGCAACGUGGUACAGAGACAACACAGAGGUCAAGGAUGUACAGCUGGGUCUCGACGGCGGAAAUCUCUCUAUGGAGUCUCUUCUGAAAGAAGUGAUUGGACGACAUAUUGGAUACAUCUUGCAGAGUAUCCGCGAUAAGCUGCUUGAAGCACCUCGGUUCAAGCAGCAUGAAGCGGCUAUGAGACUGCGCAUCUCAAACACAAACCCCAGCGACUGUAGGCUUACGACGCAGGUUAGCCACAGCGACACGGCGACGCUGCUAGUGGAACCAACGACAGGCAUUUUUGCCAUGAAGCCGCAGUCAAAAUUCUCGAUCCAGUAUGAGCAUCAACUGAACAACGGCAAGAACACUGCCGAGGACGGCGUGGCGUGCUUGGAAAAUGUACGCUGCGCCAUGAUGGAGGACGAACUGCACCGUCGUGGCAACGUGACGGGCUGGCAGACACAAAAAUCGCCCCUGUCAUUGGAGGAAACGAAAUCUGUCACAAAAGUGCGCGACUGGACCCGAAGUAUCUGGAUGCGCAGGCAAGGCUGGGGGGAGAGCUGGUACGUGGCCAUCUUCCUCGGCCUUGGCGGCGAUGAGUGGUGGCUGCUGGACGUAAACCGCAACGAGCCCGGCCGCACCAUCAAAUUCCAAGCAAGACUGCCUCUGAGCAAGGGCGACCCCGAAUUAUCCAAUGCCUUCUGGGUCAACUUGACCGUUUUCGCCACUGGCUUGAUUGCGCAGGCAGUUGAUAUGCGCGAGCUACACCGUCUUCACAUCAAGAGCCGGACAAGUGACAGCGUCAAUCCUACACUACCGCAACAAAUUCACCUGCCUUCUAUUCAAGUGGCUCUAUCAGCCAUGUUCCCCAGCAUAGUCCACGACGGCGGCCCCAAAUCGGAGUACCGCCAGCCAUGGGCAAAUGAUGUUGUCACUAUCCGAUUCAAAGGUAUUGAAACAGCCGACGACACCCUGACGUGCGUCUCAGAGGCAGUUCUCCGCGUGUGCAAGCCGUCCAAGUUUGCCGCGCUCAAGGGCACGGUAGACGGGAACCUGUUGUACAAUGCUAAGCUAGGCGAGUUUUGCCUACGCGUGCAGCAUGCCGUGGGCGAACCUGUCCUGGCCCUCCUCAAGUCGCGAAUCAAGGCUAUUGACCGAUUCGUCAACUUUUUGGAGGCCAUGGACAAGUCGAAGGGGUCGAUUGUCGGCGAGCUGGUGACACUCAAGGAGAUACGGUUCUUGUACUGCCAAGCCGGCAGCGGCAAUGGCAGCGACAGCGACAGCCGGAAACAAUGGCGUAUCACGCUGGAUCUGUCACGGGACGACAUUGCCAUUAAGAUUGACCGCGGCAACCCGCACCUGCGUGUUGUUGACCUCAUGCAACAGCUCGUCAACAGCGACGGCGGCAUCGGAGCGCUUAUGGGGUGGCUCCCCGCAUCAUUGCAAGCGCUCGAGGCCAUUAGCAGCAUCGAGACUCGCUGGGAAGAGCCCCAGUCCAAGCGUCUUGGUCGCGUGGAGUUCGCUAUGAAGAGUCUGUCAUGGCUCAGCUUACAGUACACCAUGACUAUCCCUGGUCCGUCGGCGACGGAGCGCCCCGUCCUCUUCCAAGUGCGCACUAAGACGCGGCGCGGUGAGGCCUGGUGGCACGUCUGGCGCUCCCACGAUGGUGGCGGCCACCACGAUGACGCCUACGACAUGGCGCUCAAGACGGUGUGGAACGGCCGCGGCCCCGGGUGGAUGGGCUUGUCGACAGGUGCGGCGGCACGGUCAGAGGGCGGCAUUGUCGCGAUGCUGCUCGCUGUGGACGACGUGCUACGCUCCGUCGGCGUCGACGACCCGUCCAUGACGCCUGGGGCGCAGUCGUCAACAAUUCGAUCUUUUACGCAACCCACGACGCAGAGCCAACACAGCGCUAAGGACGUCGUGGUUUUGGAUUAG